UGAGAUGAUGGGACAAUUCGUUCCGGACCUUGUCUCGAGCUUGUCCGCCAUUGGCUUUUUGGCAUUGGCGCGAUUUGUUUUCCAAAACGCGCUGGGGGACAGAAAGUCUCACAGCAAACCACAAGAAACAGGGGCCGGGCGACCGAUCGCCGGAUUCGACUCGAUCCCCGGCUUCUUGUGACCGCCCACCCGCCGCCGUUCACAUCCGCUCCCUGCUCCCACGAGGAACGUGGGGAACUCUUCCCCAGACUCGCCAGACAACACAACACCGCCGGCAUGUCACUCAUGUCCAGCUUUGCCAGGGGGGCAUCCACCCCCAGAAUGAUGAGGUCAAGCAAGCCAGACAGUAACAAAACCUGCGCGAUUUUACCCAUUCCCCCAACCCCAAUCCCACGAAUGAUAACUUUGCCAACUCUCGUCGUGAAUCAUCAACCCCCCAGGACCGUUCCUCAGAGCCAAACAAGACGGUUCCCCGGAUCCGGGUCGUGUCACCAUCAUCGUGUCAUCAUCCCACCAGGGAUAAUGACCAAGGAAAAAGAAAAGAAAAAUGAAGCAAACAGAACGUCUCAGGAACCCCCGGUUCGUCCCAAAAAAAAAAAACGGGCUUGCUUCCUCCCGGGGUUUCCGUCCGAUGUCACAGGCGAGUUUCCGAUCGCGAGGGGCGCGCGCUCGGAAACGCCUGGAACGCCUGGAACGCUUGGAACGCCUCAGGGCGCUGGAGCUCGCUCACGCCGGAACCAGACAGACAGGGGUAGCGAACUCAAAGCACAAAGCGAAUUUUUGAUUGAGGGCAGGGGGUUGCCGAACCCGACAUCACGUCAUACAUUUCCAGAAAAGCGGGAGAAACGGCCAGGUUUUUGUCGGAAGGGACACAGGGAGGGCUGUCAAGGGAGAAAGUUGUUGUUAGCUGUUGCUAGCUGUUGCUACCUAGCUUCGAAUGGUCUGGCAAUGACGGCUGAUGUGAUGUUUACUUUUUUUUUCUUGGGUGCGGAACUAACGGCACAAACACAGACACUCACAGUGGCAACCCCCCCUCUUUUCUCAGCCGGUCAGAGCCAUGCCCGCUAGUUGCUGUGGAUUACUCUCCUGCGGACUGGGUGGGAGUGCACACGACAAUGAGACAAGCCUUGCUUGACAGGGUCAGAUUUUCCCUGUCCAACACAACAAGGGGCAAGACGGACUCAGGCGGGGAUGGGUGUGGGCGACGUUGGCAAACAAUCAACCCCCCCGCGGCGGUAACAGCGCAGCCGCCCACGCGCGGAAAUCGCGAUUGUAAGUUGUAAGUGAGCGCGUGACACGGCAAGGCAUUUUAUUCUCUAUCUCUGCUCUGCCUUAUCCGUGGGGGUUGUUCUGUUGUUGAAAAAUGCCUCUUGCAGGAAAUAUAAACCAUUUUAAGGGCAUUGAGAGGACGGAAGCACCCUCCCACAACCAAUCCGCUCUCAUCUCGCACUGCUUCAGGUGACCUCGUGGCACGGUA